GUGAAGUGUCGAAGGCCCCCUGGCAGGAGGUCACGGAACAGACCCAGGUGCCACGGCUUGACUAACUGAGACGGCUGAUGCAUCAGCUGUUGAUAGUUAAGUUUCUUAUUUUUGGGACUCAUCCUCGCGGCUCGGCCAGAUCGAGUUACGUCCGUGAAGCAACAUCUAGCGCUGCGUGCACCCCCCCUCCCCACCUCGAUCGGCGAGCGUCCAACACGUGCGUGACCACUGUAGAAGUAUGGGGGGCGGCUGACUAAGCGAACGGUUCGCGGUUAAAUUACGCAAAGGGGAUACGCAAAAUUAUACCCACCCCCCCCCCCCACCCCACAACCACCACACUUUCGAAAUGUACUGUCCUAUAAUUAUAUAAAAUCGCAUCCUGGUACGGCAAAGACCUUGAGACCGGAUGGUGGGAGGACUGCCAGCGCAGACCUUGGGUUGUCGCGUGCCCACUGCGUCGCAGCUACCGGGGAUCUGGCGUCUGCAGCGAGGGAUAGAGGUGGCACCAACGACACCUUGGCCACGGUGACCUCUCGACCCUGACCGGCUGCUGACUCGGGGCUGAGCCUCCCCGACUGUUGACCAGCUGCUCUGUAUUUCAAGACCAGGGGCUCCGUCGUCAGCACAAUAUCGGUAUUCGUGCCACCUUGUCGAAGGUGGAGCAUGAAGGCCCUGCUGCUGCUGACGUUCGUGGGCCUGGCCUGGGGCCAGUGGCACCCCAACGCCCACGACGGGCGUCACACCAUGGUGCACUUGUUCGAGUGGAGGUGGGUGGACAUCGCCGCCGAGUGCGAGCGCUGGCUCGGGCCCAACGGAUUCGCCGGCGUCCAGGUGUCUCCCCCCAACGAGAACAUCGUGAUCAACAGCCCCUGGCGUCCGUGGUGGGAGCGUUACCAGCCCAUCAGCUACAACCUGUGCUCGCGCUCGGGCAGCGAUUCCGAGUUCCGCGACAUGGUGCACCGCUGCAACAACGCCGGGGUUCGCAUCUACGUUGACGCCAUCAUCAAUCACAUGUGCGGCGAUGGCGGCGGCUCGGGCACGCAUGCCACGUGCGGCAGUUACUUCGACGCCGGGCGCCGUGAGUUCUCGGCCGUGCCCUACUCGUCCGUGGACUUUAACGAUGGGAAGUGCGGCACCUCCAGCGGCCAGAUUGAGAACUACAACGACAAGUACCAGGUGCGCGACUGCAAGCUCGUGGGGCUGCUCGACCUGGCCCUGGAGAAGGACUACGUGCGUGGCAAGAUCGCCGGCUUCCUCAACAACCUCAUCGACAUCGGCGUGGCUGGCUUCAGGUUCGACGCGUCCAAGCACAUGUGGCCCGGAGACAUCCAGGACAUCGUGGGGCGUCUCAAGAAUCUCAACUCGCAGUACUUCCCGUCCAACAGCAAGGCCUUCAUCUUCCAGGAGGUCAUUGACCUUGGAGGAGAGGCUAUCUCUGCAUCCGAGUACUUUGGCAUCGGCCGCGUGACCGAGUUCAAGUUCGGCGCCAAGCUGGGCGAGGUGGUGCGCAAAUGGAAUGGACAAAAGAUGUCCUACCUCCACAACUGGGGCGAAGGCUGGGGCUUCAUGCCGACGGGCAACGCCCUGGUGUUCGUCGACAACCACGACAACCAGCGCGGCCACGGCGCUGGCGGGGCCUCCAUCCUCACCUUCUGGGACUCGCGCGUCUACAAGAUCGGCACUGCCUUCACGCUGGCUCACCCCUACGGCUUCACUCGCAUCAUGUCGAGCUACAGGUGGGAUCGCAACUUCGUCAACGGCAAGGAUGAGAACGACUGGAUUGGACCUCCUGCCAACGGCGAUGGCUCCACCAAACCCGUGACCAUCAACUCCGACGACACGUGUGGCAACGGCUGGGUGUGCGAGCACAGAUGGCGCCAGAUCAAGAACAUGGUCAUCUUCCGCAACGCUGUCACCGGACACGAUCUGACUAACUGGUGGGACAACGGCAGCAACCAGAUUGCAUUCAGCCGCGGCAACCGUGGGUUCAUCGUCAUCAACAAUGAUGACUGGGCGCUUGACGCGACCCUCCAGACCGGCCUGCCGGCUGGAACCUACUGCGACGUCAUCUCCGGCAACUUGUCGGGCGGGCGCUGCACGGGCGCGCAGAUCUCCGUGGGGGGCGAUGGUCGCGCCUUCUUCCAGAUCAGCAACGCGUCCGAGGAUCCCGUGGUGGCGAUCCACGUCAACGCCAAGCUGUAGCACGGCGUCGCACAGCUCCCGCUGGGACGACGGCGACGAUGAUGAACCCAGCCUCCCAGCCCCCCGGCGACGCUUCGCGCAGAGUAGAACACGAUCGAUAACAAAAUCGUAACAGUAAUGAUGAUGAUCGAAACGAAGACGUUUAAAGUCCGGACGCAGCCGCCGCUUGCUUCAACCGGCUCAAAUCAGCCGGCCGUUUUCGACAUCUCGCACGUGCAGCCAGCGAGUAUCAGCUUGCUGUACUGCCACAUGUACUCAUCUGCUGUAAUCAAUAAAAUGUGCACACGUUAA